CUGAAAUCGAAAAAACCCUAGCAGUAUAUCCCAACAAACCCUUUCACCUCUACAUUUGCUGCCUCCGCCUCUUCUCUCCCACAUCACACAACACACAGCACUAAAUGACGUUCAAGAGGUAUGUCGAGAUCGGGAGGGUGGGCCUCAUCAACUACGGAAAGGACUAUGGCAAGCUCGUCGUCAUCGUUGACGUCAUCGACCAGAACAGGGCUCUUGUUGACUCCCCUGACACGGUAAGAAGCCAGAUUAACUUCAAGAGGCUUUCUCUUACUGACAUUAAGAUUGAUAUCAAGAGAGUGCCAAAGAAGAAGGUUCUUGUUGCAGCUAUGGAGGCUGCUGAUGUUAAGGGAAAAUGGGAAAACAGCUCCUGGGGAAGAAAGUUGAUUGUUCAGAAGAAAAGGGCUUCUCUCAAUGAUUUUGACCGCUUUAAGCUUAUGUUGGCCAAGAUCAAGAAAGCUGGUGUUGUGCGACAAGAGCUUGCCAAGCUUAAGAAGGAGAUUCCUGCUUGAGUAGUAUAGAUUUUGGUUUAGUAUUUUUGAGACUUAUUUUGUUUCUUAUGCAGCCGCCUUGUUGUGGAAAUCAAGAGAAUUAAAUUUAUAUUUCAGAUUUCUUGCUUCGAAAA